ACACAGGCGCACGGACAGUACUCUCACUCUCAGCAAAUCGCUUUGUUGCUAUUUUCGCGUGGCUCCGUUUCGAACUCUGUUGCACAGAAGUUUAACAACAAAAUGUGAUAUUAUCGGCGCUUGUUUUCCACACGCGUUUUUCACCAUUCGCUGCGUUGUGUGGGGCUGUGUGUGUUGUUGUUUUAGUUUCACUUGCACCCCCUCUUUCGUUCGGUUUGGCGACUUUGAUUUCAGUCGCCAAUCGUCAAUCGGUCCGCCGGGUUCUUUUCUCCAAUUGGAACGCGACAGUGUGCGUGUGUGUGUGCGGGUCAAUCAACUGUAGUUUGCCAGCCGCGCACAUUCCUCCCCCGCCCACCCAAAGCCAUGCUUAAGAACCACAACACGCUCCAUUUAUGCAAUUAAUGCAUAUUAAAAUAAUAAAGUAAACGGAAUUUUUGUUUGGCAAAAACAACUACGUAACAGCAGCAGUCGCAGUCGCAGUCGCAGCGUGUGUGUGUGCGUUGGGAGGAGAGCGCCGCGAGAGUGGGAGAGAGACAGAGCGCGAGUGAUAAGUGAGAGGGAGAGCGUUGUUGGCGCUUUGUAACGGAACACAGAAGCCGUAGUUGAAUUCAAGUGACGUUCGAAGACGGCGGCGGAAAGGAAAACUGAAAAACAAAGACAGCAGCGAGAUGUUAAAGUUAUAUAUUCCACUUUGAUUGAAAUAAAUGAAUAUGCAGUGUGCCAGUUAUACAACUGGCAAAAUCACUCGUACGGGCUUAAUUAAACGCCCGAGAUGAAUAUCGCCUCAGCCCAUCAGCAGCAACAAGUGCAAUAAAAACCAAAGGCAAAACAAAAUCCCCGAAAAAAACGAGUGGCGUGUGUGUUUGUGCCAAAACAAAAAAUUAAAAUAUAUUUCCAGACACAACACAAAGAGGAACAAUAACAAAUAAUAAUAAGAAGUAAUACGAAAAGGAGAGACGGAAACAAAAAUUAACCGGCGCAGCAGAGACUUUAAUUAUAACGAGCCACGAAAUCGCAUAAAGAAAUCAACAAGUGUCUGCGUGCCUUUUCGCUUUUCAUUCAUGCGGUCAACUCGACAAAGCAACAAAUAAUAGCAACAAAAACAAUCGAAAACAACAAUAAUAAUAACCAGCUGAUAAAAGCCCUGCAGUCAAAUAAACAACAACAGCGAGGGCAGUAAGAAUAUCGCCUGGCCGCUGAGCUUUAAUUGCCGGGCCAUGACUUUAUGACUAUGUGAUUGGAGAACCCUUUGUAACGCGUGUAACCUGUAAAUAAAAAGUGGCCAUACAAUGAAACAUCCGCAGGAUCUGACUGUGACCGAUGGGCAGCAGCAGCAGCUAAUGAAAGUUAACAAGGUGGAAAAAAUGGAGCAGGAGAUGCAGGAGUCUGAGUCUGAAAGCCAUAUAAUGCACGCCGAUGCUUUGGCCGCCGGUUAUCCGGCUGCCUCCCAGCCGCAUAGUCCGAUUGGCCAUGCUCUUAGUCCUAACGGCGUCGUCCUGGGACUGAGCAACAGCAGUAACCAGAGCAGCGAGAAUUUUGCGCUCUGCAACGGAAACGGAGGCAAUGCCGGCAGCGCAGGAGGCGGAAGUGCCAGCAGCUGCAGCACCAAUAACAAUAGCAUGUUUUCGCCGAAUCAUAACCACAGUGGAAGCGGAAGUGGAGGAAGCAGUCAGCAGCAGCUGCAACAGCAACAACAGCAGCAACAGUCACCGACGGUGUGCGCCAUCUGUGGAGAUCGGGCGACGGGCAAGCACUAUGGAGCCUCCAGUUGUGACGGCUGCAAGGGAUUCUUCAGGCGUAGUGUGAGGAAGAAUCAUCAAUACACAUGCAGAUUCUCCCGCAACUGUGUGGUGGACAAGGACAAGCGAAACCAGUGCCGCUACUGCCGGCUAAGGAAGUGUUUUAAGGCGGGAAUGAAGAAGGAAGCAGUGCAGAACGAGCGAGAUCGGAUUAGCUGUCGUCGCACCUCCAACGAUGAUCCGGACCCGGGCAAUGGCCUCUCAGUGAUAUCGCUGGUCAAGGCCGAGAACGAGUCGCGCCAGUCUAAGGCCGGAGCUGCCAUGGAGCCAAACAUCAACGAGGAUCUAUCCACAAAGCAGUUUGCCAGCAUUAAUGAUGUCUGCGAAUCGAUGAAACAACAGCUACUCACCCUGGUGGAGUGGGCCAAGCAGAUUCCGGCCUUUAACGAGCUGCAGCUGGACGAUCAGGUGGCCCUCUUGCGUGCCCAUGCCGGCGAGCACCUGCUUCUCGGCCUGUCACGUCGAUCGAUGCACCUCAAGGAUGUCCUGCUACUGAGCAACAACUGUGUGAUUACCCGACACUGUCCAGAUCCCCUUGUGUCACCCAAUUUGGACAUCUCUCGGAUAGGCGCCCGCAUCAUUGACGAACUUGUGGUGGUCAUGAAGGAUGUGGGCAUCGAUGACACCGAGUUUGCCUGCAUCAAGGCUCUGGUCUUUUUCGAUCCCAAUGCCAAGGGCUUAAAUGAGCCACAUCGCAUCAAGUCGCUGCGCCACCAGAUACUCAAUAAUCUCGAGGACUACAUAUCCGAUCGGCAGUACGAGUCGCGCGGUCGCUUCGGCGAGAUCCUGCUUAUUCUGCCCGUUUUGCAGUCCAUUACCUGGCAGAUGAUCGAACAGAUCCAGUUUGCCAAGAUCUUUGGCGUGGCCCACAUCGACUCGCUGCUCCAGGAGAUGCUUUUGGGAGGAGAGUUGGCGGACAAUCCUUUGCCUUUGUCGCCACCAAAUCAGUCCAACGACUACCAAAGUCCUACCCAUACUGGAAACAUGGAUGGCGGCGGCAGUCAGGUGAAUUCCUCCUUAGAUCCCCUGGUCUCGGCGGGCGGCAGUGGUUCGCAUGGCUUGGAUCUGGAGGUUCAGCAUAUCCAGGCUCUAAUAGAGGCGAACAGCGCGGAGGAUUCAUUUCGGGCGUAUGCAACCGGCACAGCGGUAGCUGCGGCAGCUUCUGCUGCUUCGUCUUCCUCCUCCUCCUCUGCACCCGCAUCCGUGGCUCCGGCUGCGAUCUCGCCCCCGCUCAACAGCCCCAAGUCGCAGCAACAACAACAGCAACAGCAUCAGCAUCAACAGCAACAUGCGACUCACCAGCAGCAAGAUGGAUCCUACAUGGAUGUGCCCGUGAAACACUACAAUGGCAGUCGGUCCCAGCACAGUCCCCAGCGCAUGCAUCCCUACCAAAGAGCGGUCGCAUCGCCAGUCGAGGUGACCAGCGGUGUUGGCGGCCUGGUGCUGCGCAACCCCGCCGAUAUAACGCUCAAUGAGUACAAUCGCAGCGAGGGCAGCAGUGCCGAGGAGAUGCUGCGACGCACUCCGCUCAAGAUCCGGGCGCCGGAGUUGCUGACAGCGCCCACUGGCUAUGGAUUGGAACCCUGCCGCAUGACGUUAAAGCAGGAGCCCGAGACUGGCUACUGAACGGAAACGGAUGCCAAUUAGUGCAAUAGGCAGUUUGCAAUAGGACUAUGCUCAAAAACACACACAACACACACCUUAUACACAGAUACAGGCCCCGCUCUUGCUGCAGAGAGAUGGAAAAUGAAGAACUUACUUAAUUGUUAUGCCUUGAACAUUUUUGAUACUUUUUAUUAGUCGUUAAGUAGGUAUCUUGGAAAUUGUUGCUUAAUUUUUAAAUGUUUAACGCAGUUGCAAUCUAUUUUUGGAGUCAUAUUUCGCUCAAGAAGUUUAUUAUAUACACCUAUACAUAUAUAUAUUAUACACCAUCUAGCAUGUACUGAGUUUGUUGGUUAUUUGGUUACCUUAUCCUUGUGCAUGGAUCACAAAGCAUUCAUAUAGGCCAUGCAAUAUAUUGUUUUAGGUUAGGGUGUUGUCUAGGUUAUGCGCUGAAAGUGUAAUAUACAAAUUAUAUUUAGUGUUAAACAAAGAACUAUUUUUAUAUGAGUAUGUAUAAAAUACAACAAACUAUUCUAAGAUGGCUGAAUGAAUAAAAAAAAAGAAAAACUAUACAAAAAUAAAGACCGGUAAAA